GGGAUUCGGCACUGAGUGCACUCUCAUGUCCGUGUUCCAGCGGGGUGUUUCUCCAACCUGUUUACCGUGUUGCGACAUUACCGCCCGAUUUCUCGACUUCCGCCAGAAUUGAGGUCAUAUGAUGCCCGUGCCGCAAUCGAGGGAUCCUGUCCUAAAGCCGCCCGAGACACCCGACACACCGAGCAGGACGCACAUCGCGGCGUCCUCGGUAAUGUCGGGCGAUAUCAGUAUGUGCGGCGAUGUUGAUGCGCUGUUGCAUCGGGUUCGCUCACGUGGUAGGAUAGGCAAACCCCAUUCGCAUCUCGGGCACCGGUAGUCAAACCUACCCCAAACGCAUACGCAGGAUACCGAUUGCGCCUGCUAGUGUGUCGGGUCUUUGCGCCUUUGCCAGUGAUAAAACCGGGGCCAUCGAAACAGAUGUGUUCCAGUGCAUUAGUACAUUAGUGGACAGUGCGUAGCUAGACAAUCUCUUAGCGUAAGACUUGGUAGGCGUAGUUCAAUAAACGUAGCUAGCCUGACUCUCCCACGACUCAUCUUAGGCGGAGGAGAAGGAGCAAGUUUACUGUGCUCCAUUUCGAACGGGCUCCGAUACCAGUACCAGUUAGUGCGUUAUCUAUUUUACUGUACCUUGUUACUAUAAAUUGAGAAAGCACAAAUCAAAAAUCCGCCCUAGGAUGCAAAACAUCUCCAUCCCUUGACUGUGUUUUUUUACAUCUAUAUACACCGUCGCGCACCUAUCGUUCAUCAAUCAGUGGAGCAAAGUACCAGCAAAUACAGCAAUCCAGCAUCCUUGCAGCACGGAAUGAUACGCUGUCCGUACAUUCAUGAAAUGCAUGAACGCCUGCUAGGACCAACGCCGAGACGACCACUACCAAUAUCAUAUCCGCCGCUCGCCAAACCGGAAGUUAUGGAUCGCGAAAGUGACUGUCUGCUGGACAGCCGCCCAGAGAGCCGCCAGAUCGUGGGCACCGUGGUGAAGCUCAAUCCGGACGGGUUCGGAGCGCACACCACCUCCACACAUCACCACCAUCAUCAUCAUGGGCAGCAGCAGCAGCAACAGCAACUGCACCACCGUACGCCAUUAGUGCCUUGCAAUGGAACGGAAGAUGACGAGGUGCGCACCGGAAGGCAUCACACGCUGCGAGAGGGGGAUGGUACGAUCACGAGCACCAUCAGCGACUCGGAUGACGAUGGCAUCCAUCUGCGUACGCAUCUGCGCAAGAUCAUAGAGGGCCGCAAGCCGAAAAAUGCCAAAACGUCCCUCUUCAUCGUAACCAGUCUCGUCUACGCCAUGCUGCUAAUCGUCGUGUGCGUCGCGUACGUUAUCAGCGAUGUCACUACGCACCGUCUGCCAGUGAUCUACUACGAGGGCUUCUUUACCUAUCUGUACGGUGCGAGCAUACUGUUCCUGCUGUACGUGUUCUGCUUUCUGCUGCAAGAAAGUUCCUGCUGCAACGGCAAACCGAAACCACCGAAGGAGAAGAAACCGAAGAAGGAAAAGAAAUCGAAAAAGAACGCCGACGUGGAAGCGGGCAAGGAGGGCAAGGACGGGAAGGAAGCGGGCGCCGCUAAGGACGGUGCGGGAAAAUCGACCAAGGAGGAGCCGAAAGGCAAAGGCUCGUCCACCAAAGCUAGUUCCUAUCAGUACUCGAAAAAACAGGAAGUUUACCCGAAAAAAAAGCGUGACCAGCUGCGCGCGUCUCAGCAUCGCCGCGAGUCUGGCGAGGUGGCAGUUGCAGAACCGGCAACGGAACGAAUCGCUGCAUCGCCCGCAAUGCCCACCACCACACCACCGGCCACACAGUUGCAGGAAGCCGCACAACCCAACCCGGAAGCUGCCAUGUCUCCACGAUUUAAGCGCAAAACUACUCAAGAUCCAGCUCAUGGCAGUUUCUUCCUGCGCGUGGGAGCAAUCGCAUUUGGGCUUGGUACCAUGAUUUACACUGGGCUGGAGUUUGGAUCGUUCUUCGAGAUACCGUUCACCUCUCCGUGCCACCAGAUACUGCGCGGCGUCAAUCCUCUGCUGCAGAUGAUCUUCACCUUCAUGCAGAUGUACUUUAUCUUCAUGAACGCACGGCUCAACAUACAUCGCUUCAAGGUGCUGGCCCGGUUCGGGCUGAUGCAUAUCGUGGCCACCAACAUCUGCGUCUGGAUUCGCACGCUGGUGCUGGAAUCGCUCAAGGAGAUCACGGCCUACCAUCAGCGCCGCGGCCCGGAGCCGGAAGACUCGGUCAUACUGGAGAACAUCCGGCAGCACACGCUGCGCAACGCGGGCAUGGUGAUGGGGAUGGAGCUUGCCCCGGGCGGUACCGACACCGAGUGGGAACCGAUCAGCGUCAACCUGAACGCGCAGGAGGACCUGCUCUCGCAGGACGCCUCGAGCGUCCUGUCCAAGAUUGUGCAGGGCACGGCACACACGAUUACCGAGGCGGCCACCACGCUGGUCAGUGCCGCCACGCUCACGUCCACGGCUGCCCCGACCACCACGUCCUCCUCGACGAGCACCUCGACCUCGACCACAACGACCACUACGACAACGACCGCGAGCCCGACGACGACACCGUCCUGGAUAGAGCCGAGCACUGGUGCGAGCAGCACCACCACUGCCCGCGGACUGCUGGACCGAAUCCGCGACAUUGUCGCAACGGAGACGACUACCACGUACGAAACGCCCGCGAACCAUUUUGGCAGCGCGCAGCACACCCUCUCGACCAGUGCCGGUGGGGUAAACGCAACGGCUGCCACCCCCUCGACCGGAUCCUCGUUCCUGGACUCGUUCAUGGACCACGUCAACUAUCUGCAGCGCAACAGCAGCCUCGACCAGACGUACGAAAGCCUGGACGCGCUGUUCCCGUCCGCCUUCAUCGCGACCUCCACCGCUGUCUCGACCAACGCGACCGCAAUUAGCUGCGGCCGGGUGAACAUCAUGGGCACGAUCGUCCAGGACUCGGCCCCGUACCUCUACCCGUUCAUCAUCGAGUACUCGCUGAUCGGUGCCGCCGUCAUCUACGUCAUGUGGAAACAUAUUGGACGCUACCCGAAGUUCACCAAUGAGGAAGAUCUGGAGCACCGUCUGGAGGUGAUGCUGUCGCGCCGCGCUGUCGUCAUGGCCCAGCAGGCACGCACUGGCCGCGUCGACUGUGUGGGCGCCUCCAAGGGACUCUUCUUCGGGCUGCUACUGCUCGUCGGCUCGCUCAUCUGUCUGAUCCUGUUCUUCGUGCUGGUGAGACAUCCGCAGCUGUCGCUGCUCGCGAUCUACCUGGCGGACGUGUCCCACUGCGCACUCAUGGCACUGGCCAUCUUCGCCAUCAUAAUUGGCUUCAUUCGCGUGCAAAACCUCAAGUUCCGCUGCGAGGAGCAGAGCAACCUGAACGACAUACUGCUCCGCAUCUCCGCGUUCGGGCUGUUCGUGUACUCCACCUUCAGCGUGAUUGCCGGCUCGCUGAACGCGUUCGAGAGCGAGCCGAACCUGCUGGUCAUGGUGACCGGGAUCGUCGCGGUCGUGCAGGUCGUCAUACAGCUGCUGUUCAUCGCGGACGUGUCGCGCCGCCGCGUGCACCUGCCCGAGCACGAUCGCAUCAAGCCCGGCCGCCAGAUUGUAACGUUCCUGCUGAUCUGCAACAUCUCCAUGUUCGCCAUCUACACGUUCGAGGCGCAGAAGGUAUUCGCCAACCCGGUGCAAUUGGACUUUUACGGCUUCAUUGCUUGGUCGCUGAUCCAGCGCGUAACCCUGCCGCUGUGCAUCUUCCACCGCUUCCACAGUGCCGUCACGCUAGCGGAGGUCUGGAAGACAACCUACAAGGCACGCCUGGAGUAAGCGCGGUUGGCCCAUUUUCAACCUGCUCAGCAUAUGCACAGUUGCUGAGAUUUUUGAGAUGUUGAGAAAUGCGAAGCUAAGUGGUUCCAUGAAAUAUUUAAACAACGCAGAGAGAGAGAGAUAGAGAGAAAGGCAGAGAGUAAGGAAGAGAGAAAUAGAGAGAUAGAGAGAGAUGAGAAAUAACAGCUCAGUAUAUUAAUUCAUGGUUGAAUGUUCUUUAUCAAGUACAAGCAGCAAAUCACAAGCAAAGCGAUUUUUCAUCCCUCAAAACUAAUGCAUACCCCAAAACUCCAGAUGACCACGAUUAAGCGAUAAAAUGGCGAUUAUUUGAACAUUUGGCGAAGAAUGUGACAGCUCUACUGAACACUGUGGAAAACCUUAUACAUGGAAGUUCUGAGGCCGGUGGAAGCAGGUGGCAACACGAAAACAAGAAACAACAUCGCGGUGAUUUGUUUGAGAAGUGUAUUUACUUCCCUCCUCAUUCCCAAGAUUUUUUACAAGAAUUUUACUUCCCCUUUUUCGAAAACUACGUAAAGUAAAAGUAAGAGUCCUCUGCGAACCAGAGGAAGCAAAUCAAUCGAACUAAAUGGCGGCAGAGCACGUUUUUAAGAAAAAAAAGAGACAGAGUGCGCGCGUAAAGCGUAGAGCGGACACAAAUUUAACUGAAACUUUAUACACGAAACGAACAUGAAUUAUACACAUUUUACCGAUUCCGCAUAACUAUUUCCCCUAAAACCCGGCGCAACCCCUCAAUCCCCAAUAACACGAUACCACGUGCCGGACUGGUUUGCUGUGUUUUUAGAUUAUUGCCCCCCUCGCCCAACGGUGCUGCCUGCUCCGUUUGCUCCGCUAGUGCACACUACCGUCUGUCCGGAGCGCUGAGUCGAAGGCCCGGACCCUACACGGCAUAGAUUUACUUACAGGCUAAGAGAAAACGCGAAGCAAGACGAGCUCGGAUGCCGGACCGUUUUUCCUUCCCAGCCCGUGCCGAGUUCUGGCAUCUGCACUGUAUAAAAGGGGGCAGUUACAGUUUUUGGACUUUUUUGUUUUACUUAACUUAAGAAUUUGUGCAUGAAUAGUUCGUAUACACGAUAGCGUACCGCCAGACUACUUACACGGAUAUACAAUACGACUUUACGCGGGAUGAAGGUGGACACACGGUGGGAGAGAAACCAAAGCAGGAGUGUAUUGAAAGCUCAAUCCAAAUUUCGGAAAACGGUCUUGUUACGAUUAAUCGAGAUGAGAUAUUUUAUUUAUGUUGAUUUUGUUUUCUAGUUUUUAACAGUAAGUUUAAAGCAAAGUGCGCACAGCUGGAGUCGAACAGUGCGAGUUAGCAUUUAUUUCUCAAUUUUCGAAACCGAAAAACCGAACAAAGUGAGUGAAAAAAUGCUAGCCCGUUUAGGACCGGCUGCAUUUGGAGCGUUUUGCCAACGUUGGGAAGCUGCCAGAACAAAAAAAAAAAAAAAACAAAAAACCUUCCAAAAGGAGUUCCCAAUACGACCAAAACUUCAAACGCUCCUAUCUGUGGGGGAUGGUUUUUAUUUAUUUAUUUCCGAUACAUGUUUUGUUUUUAUUGCUUUCAUUGUUUUCUCUCCACAAAUGGUCUGCAUACUUUUACGAGGCAAUUUUCAAUGAAAUCGACGAACGCGAAGCCGUAAUGAAAAUUAUAAAACACAUACAUACAUACAUGACACAAGACAUAUAUAUUAUAUACAUAUUAUAUAAAUAUAUAUACAGUUAUGAAACUUGAAAAUUUUAUUUACACCAAACGUGUUUGAAACAAACGCAAGGCUGGCCGUGGGGUCGCCUAGUAAAAAAAAGCGUGUUUUCUGUUCAGAGAAAUCGAACAAAUCCGAGAGCAAAUAGACGACUAAAAGCCUCCCACUAACUUCAAAUGCCAUACUGUUCCCGUCACACGUAUCGGUUUGAUGCCGUUUUGCCCGAUCUUGCUGAACAUCUAAACUCCACGUGCAUCCAAACUUUCUUGAGUCACUGUCAUUGUUGGAUGAGAAGUUGAGCGAAAGCAAUAUCCACGGUUGAAGUUUUGGGGAGCCAAUUUUGGUUUUCGGAUGAUUUGCUCAAAUAAGAGUAGCAAACGAUGCAUGUGCGAUCGCGUUGAGUGUCUAAAGAUGUGAAGUUUACAUUGAGAAGCGUGACUAUAAUAUAGUUUUGUUUUUUUGGCAAUACCCACGUACAAGAAUUUAAACAUUGAAUUGUCCAAUGUUCAGUGCGGGAAAAGAGCUAGAGUUAAGGAGGCGAUAAAUGCAAGAAUAAGGUUUAAUGUUGCUAUGUCACAGGGUGUCUGAAUGUCUACAAACCAUAAACUGAACGUUGGGAGUCGGCCGACUGGAUUCCUCAAGGAAGAUACGCCGUCUCCUACAAAGACCGGACGCGAUUCGAUUCCCAUCCUAGUAAGAGCUGGCUAUACCCUACCCCAAGCCUGUGUUGGGUACGUCUCUGGAAUGAUCGUGUCGCUCGUGCCACGCCGCGCAGAGGGCAACAUAACUUUGAUCAUUACUGUUCAAAGUUGUAUCGCGUUUGAGAAGCGUCAAUGAAAUCUAGCAUGAAUGUAAUUUUGUGUUUCGUUUUUCGAACUUGACGGCGCCAGAUGGGCCGCCAGCGCAUAAGCUAACAAUACAUGAAUGCCCACCAUGUUUUUACAAACGUAUUUGAAGUGUAUUUGAACUAUUUAAAACAAUAUUGAAGCCACCGGAGGCUUCAGAUUGCUAGUUAGUAUCGUGUUAUGUAUCAGUAAAAGAGAAGCAAACCAACAAAACAAAAACAACAACAAGAUAAUUAAAGUAAAAGCAAAGUGAGUCUCGUUUUGCUCCUUUUUUUCUGCUCGAGGUGAGUUUAUACGAAACGAGACAACUUAAAUAAAACAUGAGUAAAUAAGAGCAGACUAAGAGGAAAGGAAACUCCUGCAGUACUUUGUCCGUAGCAUCCCAACUACUUGCGAUUUUGGAGAGUGAAACGUUAGAGCCCGACCGAUACAAAAAUGACAAAAAACAAAGCAAAAAUGAUGAGAUGAAAAUCGAUGUUCAAAACCACAGCUAACCGUAAUCGAGCAUUUGGGAAAGAAGAAACUCAACAAAUACAGCAACAGUAACAAACAAAAAACAAUUCAAAUACACUGUUUUUCGGAGGGACAAUGUAUGCAAUGAAAACGAAGUAGCCAGAUACACACACACACACACACACACACAAUAAAACAUCGAAGAAUUUAGAGAUGAGAGAGUAUAUGGGAGUCGAGAUUACAGAAAAAUAAAAGGUAAAGAAAAACUACACACAGACACACACACACUCUCUAAUACAAACCAAAGUUUUGGACCAUUUGGAGCAAACAGUUACGAUUGUCGCUGGUAGUAGUAGUAGUUGUUUAAACAGUAGUAUCUGGGUAACUACUAGGAAUAUUUCCCAUUUUUUCGAUCCUUUCUGACGACUAAUCUUUUGAUUUCGGUGAGUAGUUUGUUUAACGAUUUACAACAGUUGUAAGCGAUUUAUAACCGUCAAGGUGCGCCUGUGCGUCGUGGUGCAGCGACGGCUGGUUAAUCAAUCAAGCAAACUCACGCACACAUUGCACACAAGGCGAGCAUGAAGAGAAUUAUUACAUUAGGUUGUGCAUAGAUAGCUCUCGCUGAGAUUAAUGUAGCUCUUAGUAUUCAUUGUACUUUUUUAUGACAUCAUACUAACAUGCAUUUUUUUUUUUGGGAAAUAUGCAUUUGAAAUGUCACUAGUUUCCUGUCUCGCGGUUGGUUGUACUUUCGAAUGCUUUUGAUACUAAUAAUAUGAAGGCACAGUAUCGUUUUUCUUUUAUUGUACAAGAUAGCAAUACAAUCCAUAUAAUAGUCGAUUUGUAAUGUAAAAGCCGUGUGUCGAUGGAGUGAAAUAGGACACUAGAUUUAGCACUAUUUGUUGGGGGUAAAUUAUUACGUUGUUUUACAAAUUUGUCCGUUGCUGCAAUACUCGUUUUGGGUUUUGCAAUACUGCUGGAGCUGGAGGACAGAGAAAAUUCGUCUUCGAAAUUAUGACUUUCUUUUGAAACGUAAAUUAAAACAUAAAAUAAACUUUAAAAAAGACCUUACAACCCACCCCCCCUCCC